UUCACGUAAACAUAACUUCCCAACAUCGAGUCCCACCCUUCUUAUUAGAAGCAUGUUUACAACAUUUGGAAUGGAGCAGUGCAGGAGGGAUGACUAUGACCCUGAUGCAAGCCUGGAGUACAGUGAGGAGGAGACCUACCAGCAGUUCCUAGAUUUCUAUGAAGAUGUGCUCCCUGAGUUCAAGAAUGUGGGGAAAGUGAUUCAGUUCAAGGUCAGCUGUAACUUGGAACCUCACCUGAGGGGUAAUGUGUAUGUUCAGUACCAGUCGGAAGAAGAAUGCCAAACAGCCCUUUCUCUAUUUAAUGGACGAUGGUAUGCAGGACGACAGCUUCAGUGCGAAUUCUGCCCAGUGACCCGGUGGAAAAUGGCGAUUUGUGGUUUAUUUGAAAUACAGCAGUGUCCAAGAGGAAAACACUGCAACUUUCUUCAUGUGUUCAGAAAUCCCAACAACGAAUUUUGGGAAGCUAAUAGAGACCUGUACCUGUCUCCAGAUCGGACUGGCUCCUUUGGUAAGAACUCUGAGAGGAGAGACAGGAUGGGUCACCAUGACGAGUACUACGGCAGGCUGAGAAGGAGAAGGAGCCCCAGUACAGACCACUCCUACAAAAGAAAUGGGGAAUCGGAGAGGAAAAGGAGUAGUCACAGAGGGAAGAAGUCUCACAAACACACGUCAAAGAGUCAUGAGAGGCACAGUUCACGAAGUAGUGGAAGAAAAAGGGAUCGCAGCCGGGCCCGGGGCUGCUGCAGUCAGAGCCGCAGAAGCCGUCGCAGCCGGAGUCGCAGCAGGAGCCAGAGUUCGUCUAGGUCCAGGAGUCAUGGCAGGAGACGGUCAGGUAGUAGAGACAGAAAUAUCCACAGUCCCAAAUCUAAAUAAACCUGUUUUGUUCAUAAA